GUCUAGUGAUGCCGACGGGCGCCUAUCUUGCCAUUUGCGUAAGCGCCCGGAGAGGAACAGACUCAAUUCGUGGACGCAACUGCGCUGCUUCUCCUCUCCCCGCUAUCAUGUCCUCCUCGUCCACAACCGCGUGUUCGCGGUCGUCCUCGCCGUCGCCGGCCACGCCAGAGUCUACCGACGUGCCAGAGCAAGUCUUCAGCACGGAAGACCUAUCCGCUUGGUGCAACUCGCUUGUUAUGAGCAGCUAUUCGAACGGUCACGAACAGAGACAGGCCGACGCAAGCCACGCGAAUGUAGCCCAGAUGCUGAAGCUGGAGGAUCUGCUGCAGGAUGCUCUAUAUCAAGAGAUAAAGCCGGGCGCAUCUGACCCGACCCUCUCGCUCGACCCUCUCACUCUAUCAAAGCUUGCGCUCCCUCAAGACUAUCAAAGUUCCCUUCCCUCAACACCCCUUCCUUCAACACUAUCCCAGGUCCCUGCACCUGUUAAGCCUGUCCCUCCUCCACCAUCACAACCACGUCCGGACCCCGCCUUAACGGCACAACGUGUAGUCUAUCCACCGAAAGAGGCAUGCCAGAACUUGCCCAUCAUGAUACCUAACAUUCCAGAAGGCGGAACGAAAUCUAGAGUUGAGACACAAGUCCGGUUGACAGUUGAUCUCGCACACGCGAGCGCUUCGUCGGGCGAACCGCUCAAGUAUGAUAGAGUGGGGACAUUCAAGUGGCUCAGGCUACCGAAGGGAACGUCAACCAAGAGGCGGACGCGUAAGGAGGGCAAAGUUGACGCCUCACCGGAAGAUACGCUAUACCUCACAGCCGAGGUGACAUGCGCUACGGCUCCUCAUACCCGCGUAACGUGUUGCACCAGUUGCCAGGCGAGAGAGGCCAAAAGAGUGGCCAGGAAGAUUGCGGCACGGGUGAGGCCGUCCCGUUCUGACGCUGAAUCGCAGGACGAGGUCCCCUUCCUUCCUGGAAGAGGUACCCACGAAGAUGUGUCGAACAUUGUCCAAUUUAACUGCCCGGAGGUCCUCGACUUCUCAAGUGGUUCCGUCAUCCUUCCUCUGCGGAUUACUUGCUACUGCAGACACCAUCGCGAGAAGACGGGAUUCAAUGUCCACUUCGCGAUGCUUGAUCGUUACGGUCGGAUUGUUGGCACAGGCAUGACCAGGCCCAUUAUGAUCACCGACGACCACAAGACGACCGGCGCGCAGAAGGCGGCACAGAACAACGAUAUGGCUCUAGGAGAGUCCUCUGACAUGGGAGGCUCUGCCAAGCGCAAGAAGACGACGGCAUCUGAGCGAGUGAAGAAGCGUACGAAGCCUUACGACGUUGGGCAGAGCACUGGCAGGACAGUUCGCAGAGGUAGCAGUGCAAGCGCGGAUUCACCCCUUCAUGCAGCUUCACCCGCGGCCACCAGGUCGUCGUCCCCGCUCCAGAGCUAUGCACACAGCCCGCUCUCUGCGUUCUCGCCUGUCGAGUCUCAGGGCCCUCAGUCUCUGUUCGACUUCAACGCUCCGACUCCAGACGACGGCCCGACGUCUAUCGACUCAGAUGUUCCAAUGGCACAGGAAGUCAGUCCCGAAGCCGUUGCCACAAUCCAUCCGCUCACCGGCUCCUUCCUACCUCCAUCGCAUGCCGAUCCUCAAUUGUCUGUGGAUCCCACCCAGACCCUCAACAUGCCGCCUCAGCCUGCUCCAUUCUUCCUCUUCGCUCAGAACCCUCCGCCGCCCAUGGCAUCCCUCCCUGCACCCAAGAUUCAUCGGUUGAUACCCGCCUCCGGGCCAACAUUCGGUGGAAUCGAGGUGACGGUGCUCGGUGCCAACUUUCACUCGUCGAUGCAAUUAAACCUGCUCUUCGGCGGUGUUGCAUCGUCCUCCACGCAGCGGUGGAGCGACAAUACUCUCGUGUGCUUGCUUCCUCCCAGAGCGGACCCAGGUAUCGUCACAGUCUGGUUAGAGGGUGUGGAAAAGAUCGAGGAUGGCACGCCUCCGUGCAUGUUCACUUACACGGAUGAGACGGACAGAGCGCUAAUGGAACUCGCGCUCCAGGUCGUCGGCUUGAAGAUGACAGGCAAGAUCGAAGACGCCAGAAACGUUGCGAUGCGUAUUGUGGGCAAUACCAAUACUGAAGGCGCGGAUGGAUCCGCGGCUCCUGUCGACAGCGUGAUGCAAUUGUCUUCCGGUCCGGACCUUACACCUAAUUUCCGAAGCCUCCUGCUCAGCCGCGCCGGGAACAACGGCGACUUCGAGCGGGUGCUCUUAGACUUCCUGUCCAUCUUGGACCACAGCAUCGGCAAAGCUGGAUUCUCCGAUAUGGCUGCGAUCUCUCACCCUACGCCGAGUGGGCAGACUCUCUUACACUUGGCUACUAUGGCGAAGUUCCCGACGUUGGUCGAGUUCUUGGUAUCCCAUGGCGUCGAUGUCGACGCUCGUGACAAGAACGGGUGCACCGCGUUGUAUUGCGCAGCCACUGUCCGGUCUGCAGAAUGUGCGCGGGUACUUCUCAGAGCUGGUGCCGACACGGAGGUCGUCGAUGCCCUGGGUAAGACCCCCUCAGAGAUCGCUCCUCUCGGGUUCUUCGAUUUCGCGCUAUCUGAUGGCGAUACGAGCCGUUCUGCUGACAAUGACGAGGAGGAGGCUGCGUGGGGCGACGCCGAGGAGGAGUCGGAUGAAUCGGAGGUCAAGGGCAAGCCACGGCGCCGCUUUGGACGCAAGUCCGGAUUGCGCAAGCGCCGCUCUUCGCAUGCACUCGCAGAGCGAGAUACGAACACUGCUACACGCGCCGGUCCUCAUUCUAGCGAGUCGAAGAAGGCUAUUGACGCUGGCAUGCCGGACGAGAAGCAAGUAGCCUCCUUCAUGGAGACGCUGCAGCGUGCGUUCGCACAGUGGCAAGCCCCACAGGGCAUGAUGGCGAACAUGCCCGCUGCGCUGCACAACCUCCCCAUCCCGCAUCUGCCGAACCUGCCUGGCAUCCCGGCGUGGAAUGCGCUGCCCCAGGUUCCUGCGGUCUUCCCUGUCUUCGUUCCCAUCCCCGCAUUAGUCAAUCUGUGGGGCGAGAGACGCACGGACGAUAGGCAGCAGCCGGCCCGCGACAAGAAGGAUGGUGCUGAGAUUGAGGCGCCUCUGUCCCCUACGCAGGAUUGGCGUGGUUUCUGGGAGAAGAUGAUGGCUCAAGCUGGCGCUACCCUCCGCCCGAAUGAUGGGACCAUUGACGCUCCUCCGGCAUACUCGCCCAGGUCCGUUGACGAGGAGCCGCCGACUCAAGUCAAGCAAGAGGUUGUUGCGUCGUCUAGCUCGGUCAAGCGCAACGCGGGUCUGACCAAGUCAUCGACUCGUCAUGUGGAACACCCGACGGUUGCGGUGCCGGAGCAGGAAUUAGAUGCGUACCUCUACAGACCUGCGCAUAAGCCCUCGAGAAAGCAAAAGAAGAAACACGACCGGAUGCUCAUUCUCUUCUGGAUACCAAUUUUGAUGAUCGGUUUGAUGUGGGCUUUCUUUACGUUCAUACGCAUGGCUUUUCACGCGACGAGAGCCGUGCUAAUAAUUAAGACGGGCAUGAAGGUGUAGAGAAGAUACAGUAUGCUGCGGUUGAAUCGCAAUUGUUUAUCUAGAUGUCAUGGUAUGUCUGUUGGAUACUACUCUGCUGUUACACACGUUUCUACCCUGAACGCGCUGAAUGCGUGCGUGCCGGUGUAUGUAUUGUAGAUGUGUUCGGACUUAAUCAAACAGGUGGUGGCGUUAUC